AUAUUUAUAAAAAGAAGUGAGUAGUAUUUAAACGUUUAAUUAGAAUGGGAAAAUUUGAUAAAAAUUCUUCAAAAAUGAACAAUUGAUGAUAUUACUAAAAUCCAUACGAAUUUAGUGAACGUUAACCUUUGUGUAUAACACUAGAAUAGACGAAAAUUAACCUUGGGGUCUCGUGGACCACAAUAUAAUUUUCUUUUUUCUGUUCAUAAGGUUUUAAAAAUGCUUAUUAAGAUUAAUAUGGCGUUGAAUACUCACACCUAUAUAUUCAUUUUACAAGCUACUGUGAAUUUGGUAACUGCUAUUCAUCCUUCAUACAAUAUUUUCUUUCAGCGGCCAGGAAAUAGAGUUCAAAAUAUACCUGGAGUGAUCGGAGGCGACAGCUUUUUUAGAAGUUUCUCACCUUCUGGAUCUCCAUUCCAACCAACUAUAGAUCCUUCUACUCUAGGAUGUGGAACCCCACCAGCUGAUUGUCCUAACACAAGGUAUAGAUCUUUUGAUGGUUCCUGUAACAAUUUAAUUAACCCGGUUUGGGGAACUCCGAAUACUCCUUAUACCAGGUUGCUGCCGCAUAACUAUGGAGACGGUAUAAGUAAUCCAUCUACAGCCAAAAGCGGAAAUGACUUACCUUUAUCGAGAUUAGUUAGUUUGGCUUUAUAUCCAGACGUUCCUGUUGAAGAUCCACUGUUCACUUUGAAUACUAUGCAGUAUGGUCAAAUUAUCACCCAUGACAUGAGUAUGAUUCUUGGAAGUACCCAAGCACAGCCCCACAGUACAAGAUGCUGUUCAAGCGAUGGACAGUUGUUGGAAUUAGCCAAUAUUCCGGAACACUGCUUUCCAAUUGUGCUACCCGAUAAUGAUCUACAACAUUCUAAAACCAAUACCAGAUGCCUUAACUUUGUAAGAACUAUUACUAACCGUGAUCGUAAUUGUGUAGGAGGGAAUCAACCAGCAGAACAAUUAACUGCUGUGAAUCAUUAUUUGGAUCUAUCGAUUGUUUAUGGAAAUAAUAAUGAAGUUAGUCAACAAGUUAGAGAAUUCCAAGGUGGUAGGCUGAGGGCCGAUAUCAGAAGAGGUCAGGAAUGGCCUCCAAGAUCAUUAAACGCAUCUGCAGUAUGUACAACUAAGAAUCCUUAUGAAGCUUGUUAUCUUGCGGGUGAUGCUCGAGUUAAUCAGAAUCCUCAGCUAACUCUUCUUCAGAUUAUUCUUCUUAGAGAACACAAUAGAAUCGCUGGAAUUUUAGCAAAAUUGAACCCUCAUUGGGAUGAUGAAACGAUUUUCCAAGAAGCAAGAAUAAUCAACAUAGCACAACAUCAACAAAUCUCAUAUUACGAAUGGUUGCCUCUCUUCAUUGGCUUACAUAAUUCUUUGAAAAACAAAAUCAUAUAUAAAACGAACACAUUUGUAAAUGAUUAUGAGCCCACUGUGAAUCCCACCGUUUUAAAUGAACACGCAACAGCAGCUUUUCGGUAUUUCCAUUCUCAAAUUGCUGGACGCUUAGAUUUGGUAACUGAAAAUAGAAUAAGUUAUGGUAGUUUGAGACUUAGCGAUUGGUUCAAUCGCCCUCAAGUGCUGGAAGAAGGGAACCAUUUCGACGAACUUGCUAGAGGUCUCAAUACUCAACCUGAACUUGCUACUGAUGCUUACCAUGAUAGUGAAAUUACACAAUUUCUCUUUAGAGCCGGAAGUCAUUUCGGUUCUGAUCUAAAAUCCAUAGAUGUUCAAAGAAAUAGAGAUCAUGGUUUGGCUCCUUACAACGAUUACAGAGAAUUCUGUGGUUUACCAAGAGCUUAUACAUUCGAAGGAUUCCUAGAUGUCAUAAGUCCUGAGCAUGUUCAGAAGCUUUCUACACUUUACGAAAGUCCGGAUGAUGUCGAUUUGACGGUUGGUGGAUCAUUAGAAGCUCACGUGCCUGAAACUCUGGCUGGACCAACUUUCCUGUGUAUUUUAACAGAACAAUUUUAUAGAACGAGAAAGGGCGAUAGAUUUUUCUUCGAAAAUGAAGCUAGUGGAUUGAAUUUGGCUCAAUUAAAUGAAAUUCGUAAGGCUAGUAUUUCAAGAUUAUUAUGUGAUAAUUCGCAGAAUAUACAAGCUAUGCAACCAAGAGGAUUUGAAAGGAUUUCGGCAAGUAAUUCUGUUGUGAAUUGCGAGUCUUUGCCAUUUGUGGACUUAUCUUUGUGGAAAGAUUACGGUGGGGAACGUAAUCCUUCACAUUUUGAUUCGCAUCUUUUAUUCAAGAAAUAGGUGGGCCAUAUUAGGAGUUUUUUUAAAUGUUAUGAUUUUAAAUGUUAGGUGUCAUUCAUAAGUAAUUGAAAUAAAUCUGUGAAAUAAUAGCUGGUACAAUUGUAUUAACUUUAUUAUCAGUGUCAGUCAAAUAAAAAUUUUUGUUUGUUAAUCGUUUUAAAGGUUAUUUGGUAUCUACAUAUACUCAAUUCUAAAACUGUUUUAUAUUAUGAUCCUCCAAAAUAUUCUAAUGUAACUAUUUUUUUAACUACAAUUGCAUUUUAUUUGUUUUAAAUGUUAUUUAUUUAUACUGCACUUAAUAGGUUGUAAAAAUCAUUGUUGUAUAUUUUUUUAUAAUAAUAAUCUUUUAUUUGA